CUAAUAUGCCCCUUUCGCAACGCCUCCAUCGUUUUCAAUGAGUUAACAUCUUGGCUCACAGCUUUUUCUUUGAGAUGUGGAGAGCUGGCGCCUCCAGUAUGGAGACUAGCCAAUGCAAUAAAAAGGCCGUUCAUUGCCUCCAUGUCUCGGUGAGUAUCUCAAGUGCUGAUCAUCGGUGCAGACAACAAGCAGGGACCGACCCUUGGAAAAAGCAAGCAAGAUGGUAGAGCUCGCAGCUCGCUCAGCAUUUCGUUACUACUACUACAACCCCUCUCUGGCUGCAGCAGUCAUUUUCAUCAUCUGCUUCCUUCUCACCUCGAUCUGGCACACGUAUCAAUUAUUUCGCACCAGAACAUGGUUCUUCAUCCCCUUCCUCGUGGGCGGAUACUUUGAAUUCAUCGGGUACUGCGCGCGCGCCGUCUCAGCGGAGCAAUCGCCCAAUUGGACGAUGGGUCCGUUCCUAGUCAACUCUCUCAUGCCGCUGGUCGCGCCGGCGCUGUUCGCUGCAUCGAUUUACAUGGAACUCGGUCGACUGGUUGUGGUCCUUCACGCAGAGCGGUACAGUCUGAUCCGACCCAAAUGGAUGACCAAGAUCUUUGUGCUGGGCGACGUGCUAUCGUUCUUGCUUCAGUCCGGGGGCGCUGGUAUGAUGGCUGGAAAAAUGCAAUCCAGCUUCAAGACGGGGUCGAACAUCAUCGUCGUGGGCCUCGUGGUGCAGAUCGUGUUCUUCGGGUUCUUCAUCGUCACGACCGGCUUCUUUCACCUGCAGAUGACGAAGCACCCGACCACAUACUCGCUGAGCUCGGGAGUCAAUUGGAAGAAGCUGGUCUGGACGCUCUAUGCAGCCAGCGUUCUGAUCCUGGUGCGAUCGAUCUACCGGUUGGUGGAAUAUAUCGAGGGCUUCGGGGGCUAUCUGCUCAGCCAUGAAGUGUACCUCUACGUGUUCGACGCGCUGCUGAUGUUUGCCGUGAUGCUGAUCUUCCAUUUUGUCCAUCCGAGCGAGCUGAAUGCGUGGCUUAAGUCGAGUGGGUUGAUCAGUAAGGGUCUGCGGUUCGAGCGACUGAAUGGGGAUGCGAUGCAGAUUGCGUGA